AUGUGGAAAACGCCAGUUGUGGAAAGAAGGAACGACAGGGGUCUAGCGAUUGGACGUACAAAACUGUUCAAACCCAUCAAUACCAAAAAGUACUCGCGCCCGCGUAGGAUCCCGUCCGACGGCCGCGACACUGUUUCCAUCGUGCCAUUGGCAGUUUCAUUGGCCAAUUUGCCCUUAUCCCACUCGGUCCCACAUAAUAUAAAAGGUCGUGAUAUUUUUGCUUGGUUCUCUGUCCAGCACGAUAUUCCCCCGCCGCCUCAGAUCCGCAAACGCGAACGCACGCAGGCACCAGCUCCAGUCACGCAUAUUAACGAAGAUCCUGAGACUUUACGGGUUCUAAAAUCAUACCAGGUAGGAGGAUCGCUGCCCUCAAUAUCCUCAAAAACGAGCCAACACAAUUGCGCGUCUCCGUCCAAAAAAGGAGGGAGGUGGAAACCAUGGAGAGGUUAUCCUUGCGCACCAGGUCUUUUUUCCACAAGGAAGCCUAAUAACCUCUCAGAGGCUUCAAAGAUUACACUCCGCGAUCUUACACAGGCCAACAAAGGAAGGCGCAUCAGCUUUUGGUCCCGGCAUGCCUGCAAAACCCAAAAAGGGCUGCGAUACCGGGUGACGAACGACUGGUUCUGGUGCCUUGGUCAAUGUUGCCUGCUUCCAUUCUGCUCUUUUGAGGAGCUGCCUCCAGCCUACGCCAGCGGCAAGAUGGUUGACGUUUGCCUUGCGAUCGACCCAUCGUGGACCCCACAAAGCAACGAAGUUACCUCAUCUUCUGUCGAUACUACCAUUUCUAGUUGUACUCGCUUAGAUAGACAACUUUUCUAG